AUCUUUACUAGUGUUAGCUUUCAUGGAUCCAAGGGUAAGGUAAGGAACAAAAAAAGGCUGGUUUUCACAACACAAAAGAGCUAUAUAACUACUUCCAACCGCAUACCCCAUCUUUUCUUUUCUUUUCUUUUCUUUUCUUUUCUCACACUUGUCUCUUACUCUAUUAUAUAAAGUAUAAACUCAAACACUUCUCCAUGUAAUUAAAACCACCAAAACAUCUCAAAAACAACAACAAAAAAACACUAUCAAUAAUGGCAUUGAGCAACAACGUGAUAGGAGCCAUAAACUUCGUGGCGGUGCUCCUAUCGAUCCCGGUCAUAGGAGCCGGGAUCUGGCUGGCCUCAGAGCCGGACAACUCUUGUAUCAAGAUCCUCCAAUGGCCCGUGAUUAUACUCGGAAUCUUGAUAUUAGUGGUCGCUUUAGCCGGGUUUGUGGGAGCAUUUUGGAGAAUUCCAUGGUUGCUUAUUGGGUACCUUGUGGCCAUGCUUGGACUCAUAAUAUUGUUGGCUUGUUUGGUUGUGUUUGUUUACAUGGUUACUGCGCGUGGCUCGGGCCACAUUGAGCCGAGCCGAGCUUACUUGGAGUAUCGGCUUGACGAUUUUUCGGGUUGGCUUCGGCGUAGGGUUCAUAGCUCUUACAAGUGGGAUCGUAUUAGGAAUUGUCUUAGCUCAACUAAUAUGUGUGCUGAGUUGAACCAGAGUUAUCGUAUGGCUCAGGAUUUCUUUAAUGCAAGGCUUAAUCCUAUACAGUCGGGAUGUUGUAAGCCACCAACCCAAUGUGGAUACACAUUUGUGAACCCAACAUAUUGGAUAAGCCCAAUAAACAACGCAGCAGAUAUGGAUUGCCUUGCUUGGAACAAUGACCAAACACAGCUUUGUUACAAUUGUGAUUCUUGCAAAGCUGGCUUACUUGCCAAUAUUAGGAAAGAGUGGAGAAGAGCUGAUAUUAUUCUUCUCAUUACUUUGAUUGCUUUGAUUUCUGUUUAUCUUAUUGGCUGUUGUGCUUUUAGGAAUGCCAAGACUGAAGAUCUCUUUAGAAAAUACAAGCAAGGUUAUACCUAGCUAAUUACUUAUUUGUAUUUGCUGUAAAUUAAAUUUGGGAACUACUAUUCUUAAUUAAUUAGUUAUCCUAGCUAGUUUUUAACUAUGUUUAUUUGGUGACAAUGGGGAUUAUUUAUGUUUUGAUGUUAUUACUCCACUACUCUUGAAUCUUGAUUGUUAUUGGGUAUAUGGAAAAGGAAAAAUUUGUUUGUUUCUAA